CUAGAUUGAAGCACUAAAAGAAGUGAGGAGGGGCGCCUGAAAGGACAUUAUACUGCCAAGGGCUGGCCAUACGAAAGGGUCGGAAUCAUGGGGAAGAAUCAGCAUUCAAAGGAUCGGAUGUAUGUGACCGCAACGGAGUGGAAGACUGAAGGCGGGGGGAACAAAGAUCGGGACCUGAGGACGCCGUUUAAACGGCUUCCAUUCUAUUGCUGCGCGCUUACAUUUGUGCCAUUCGAGGACCCAGUUUGCACUGCAGAGGGGCAUGUCUUCGAAAUCAUCAACAUCAUUCCGUACCUCCAAAAGUUCCACCGCAACCCGGUGACGGGCAAGCCGCUGGAGGUGAAGGACUUGAUCAAGCUGCAGUUUCACAAGAACGGGGAGGGCGAGUACCAGUGCCCCGUGCUCGGCAAGGUCUUCACCGAGUUCACGCACAUCGUCGCUGUCAAGCCCACCGGGCAUGUCUACAGCUACGAGGCAGUCCGCGAGUUGAACAUCAAGGCCAAGAACUGGAAGGACCUGCUGACGGACGAGCCAUUCACGCGCGCUGACAUCAUCACGAUCCAGGACCCCAACAAUGUUGCCGCCAGCAAGCUGCUGACGGAGUUUGACCACGUGAAGCAGAACCGGGCAGUGGUUGAUGCGGAUGCGCCGCCGGAAGACCCAACGCAAGGGAUCCGCAUGAGCGAGGACCAUAAGCGGGUGUUCCAAUCGCUGGGCACAGAUGAGGCUAAGAAGGCCAUGGCUAUGGGCGGAGGUGGGAGCAAAGCGCAGAGCGAGCGCGCGAAGGCGCUGGCAGCUUUAGAGGCCGCAAAGGCGCGGAAAGCUCUCGACAGCGACAAGAAGCCUGAGAAGCAAGCGCCGCUUAGUAUCGUCGAUGCUGCGUCCGCCAGCGUGGCCGGAAGGAGCGCUUCCGCUGCGAAGGCAGGGACAGCGGAACAGACGGCGGCUCGAGUGGCUCUCCACGCGGCCGGCGCGCGCGUGCCGGUGCGCGCCAACGCCAAGACGGUGGUCAGCCGCUUCACGACGUCCAAAAUGUCCGGCUCCUUCACAUCCACGGCGCUCACGCCGUCGACCAAGCAGGAGUUCGCCAUCGAGAUUGUGGAGCGCAACCCGAAGAAGAAGGGUUACGUGCGGAUGCAGACGAAUCUGGGCGACCUGAACAUCGAGUUGCACUGCGACCUCGCGCCGCGGGCGUGCGAGAACUUUAUCACGCACUGCGAAAGCGGCUACUACGAUAACGUCAUCUUCCAUCGAAACAUCAAAAACUUCAUGAUCCAGGGGGGUGAUCCAACGGGCAGCGGGAAAGGGGGGGAGAGCAUAUGGGGGAAGCCGUUCAAGGACGAGUUUACGUCACAACUUACGCACUCGGGGCGGGGCGUUUUGAGCAUGGCGAAUUCGGGGCCACAUACGAACGGCUCGCAAUUCUUCAUUCUGUACAAAUCGGCGCAGCAUCUGAAUAACAAGCACACCGUCUUCGGCCAAGUGGUGGGAGGAAUGGAAACCCUCGCCGUAAUGGAGCGGAUACCGGGAGACGAAGAAGACCGACCAAAGAAGGAAAUCAAGAUGUUGUCUUUCAAAAUCUUCGUCAAUCCGUACACGGAACCAGACGAAGAGGAGGAGGCGGAACGGAAAAAGGCGGAAGAAAAGGCGGAGAAGGAGGCGAGACGAGACGAAGAAGAAACCGUGGGGCAAUGGUUCAGCAAUCCAACCGGAAACAGUGACCUAAAGCCGCUUAGGGCAGGUGUAGGCAAGUAUAUGAAAUUACCGCCAGCUAGUUCAAGAUUAGCAGUGAGCUCCAAUGGUGGUCUAGAAGAUGGCCCCCCUGCCAAGCAACGAAAAGUGGAGAAAAGCGGUGGCGGAUUUGGCGACUUCUCGUCUUGGUAGCGAUCUUUGUGACGCUCUGAACCAAUCAUUUGUAUAUAUGUAGAGAGGCUCUUGGUGUCGCGUCGGCAUUAGCCAUUUGAAAGGUAUGGCCUUCGUGCUGGCCAAUAUUGACAGCUAGGAAUGCAAAUCCAUACAUGGUCACAUCUGGGCGUUCAAUGAGCCUAAUAUCACCUGCA